AUGGUCUCAACGUUUCUAUCAUCGGCAUCUCUACUUGUCGGUCUACAAUUACUGUCAAGACUCCUCACAUUCGGUCUCAACCAAGCUCUGCUCCGCUUUGUCUCGCCUCAAGCAUUUGGCACGGCCGCCAUCCAAUUCGAGCUCCUCUUGAGCACUAUCCUGUUCCUCAGUCGAGAGGGUAUCCGGAACAGUCUUCUUCGUGCAUGGCCGGCUCGCACAAAUAGCGAGGAGAAGAGUGUCAAUAAUGUGCCGCUUGCUAUCACCAAUGUCUCCACAUUACCCGUUCUCCUGGGCCUUCCCUUGGCCAUAGGCUUCUCAUCGCUCUAUCUCAGUUCCUCGUCGUCUACGACGUCAGGUCAGCCUUUCUUCAAAGCUUCAGUGGCUCUUUAUGCCCUUGCUGCGGUCAUUGAACUAGCGACUGAGCCGAUGCACAUCAGAACAAUGGGAGGACUGCGCACUCAGGUCCGAGUGCGAGCUGAGGGUCUCGGCGUGAUAUUGAAGUCCUUGACCACUUUCACCGUCUUGGUCGCGGAAGUGAAAGUGGUGAAAGGGGCGAGUACGGACGCUCGAUGGGCUUUGCUCGCUUUCGCGUGCGGUCAGCUAGCCUAUGCUUUGACGAUAUUCGGAGUAUAUGGCUUCAGCUACAAUUUCUCCGUUGCCUUGGUGCCAAGACCACACCUUGUCAUGGGCUUCUUUGACUCCACGAUGUUCCAUGUGUCCCUCAACAUGACCUACCAGUCGGUCGUCAAGCACUUCCUGACAGAGGGAGAUAAGAUCAUCAUUUCAAGAGUAAGCCCGUUAGCCGACCAAGGAGGAUAUGCCGUCGCUGUGAAUUAUGGGUCUCUCAUCGCGCGGAUUGCAUUCCAGCCAAUCGAAGAAAUGCUCAGAGUAUUCUUCUCGAAGACGCUGGCAACCGAAUCCUCAACGAGCUCCGUAAAUCGCGCCGCGCUUCAAGAUGCAUCUCGCGUCCUCACAGGCAUCCUCAACGCACAACUCGCGCUGUCAAUCAUCAUACUGACUUUUGGCCCUCUUUACCUCCCGAUUGCCCUGGGAAUACUACUUCCUGUGCGUUAUUUGUCGACCAGUGCGCCGAAGGUACUCGAGGCAUGGAUCUGGUAUAUCCCUGUCCUAGCUAUCAACGGCGGUCUCGAGGCAUUCCUUUCAAGCGUUGCUACACCGACUGACAUCAAGAGGCAAAGUCGAUGGAUGGCCGUGUUCUCGGGAGUCUACAUAGCCGCCGCGCUCACUCUUUUUUCAUAUGGCGUCGGCGAUGCUUCGCUUGUGUACGCCAACGUCAUCAACCUUUCAGCUCGCAUUGUCUAUUGUCUUAGCUUUGUCUCAUCUUACUUCCGUCAACACCAAGGACAAGGACCGCGGUGGAGAACUACAUUCCCUGGCUGGUCCGUGCUAGUAUUGUCGGGUUUAUCCAGCAUUGCAGUGCGACGAAGUGCAAGGAUUUUCCACGUCCAAGAGCGUGUGCUGGAGGGGCGACGAGGCUUGUUGGGCUUAACCGUCGUGAUGCAUACUGCGGUUGGAGGCACACUGGCUGCUAUUACCCUUUUGGUAUGGUGGUAUCGAGCAGGUAGGUACGUUGCAAUGCCUAGAACUAGAAAACAGUCGUGA